AGUGUCUCAGCAAGAAAAUUGAGAAGUGAUGAGUGAAGAAGAACCUCUGUUAGCAGAAGACUCAGGCAGAAGCACCGAGGAAGAUUCUGAAAUUGGCUUAGGCUCGAUCCCUUAUUCAAGAAUACAGUCACAAUGCCUGCCCUUCGAAGACCCCACACUGAAAAGAUUGGUGCCAGGUUGUGGAAUUACUGUUUCUAUUCAGGACGCUUACUAUAAAGAUAGAAAAUGUUGGUACACUCUGGAUUUACAACAUGGUUGUUUCAAAUGGACACUGAAAAAAAGGUUUCACGACUUUUUGUAUCUUCAUCAAAAACUUCAAGUUUACAGAACUUUAUUAGCGCUGCAAUUUCCAGAAAUAAAGCGGGAAAAAGAUCGACGCCGGCCUUCUGUGGUGAUGCGUAACAGCAAAGUCCCAAAAGUACCGAUCUUUCCGUUGACCACCGACAUCGUGAAACGAAGGAGAGAUUUCACUUGGAGAAAGGCCGCCUUGGAAAGUUAUGUGCAGAGCAUACUGGAUGUGUCACACUUCAGAAAUCUCCCAGAAACUCUGGAAUUUUUAGAAAUCGGCCCUCUGUCCUUCGUGGAAGAACUAGGCUCCAAGAGUAAAGAGGGAUUCGUGUCGAGGCGUUGCCAUCGCCGUGAUAAUCCUUUCGGUCAUCUCGGUCGGUUCUGUGGUCUACACGUGUGUCCAUUUUGGAAGAAACGAUGGUUAUUUAUCAAAGAAAAUUUCGUGGGUUUGCUGGACCCCCGCAGUGGUCAUAUAGACAGCAUUCUUCUCUUUGAUAGGAAUUUCCGAGUGGACACACGCAAGCGGAGAACUCAACGCGACAGCGGUAUCUUGAUACAGAAUUUGAGCAGGAAGUUGUUCUUGAAGUGCGAAAACGAGAGACAAGCCGAGUCAUGGGCUCUAGAAUUUCAUCUGAUGCUGGAUCGAGGUUCCAAAGAUUUUGUGCGAGCCAACCGAUACGAUUCCUUUGCUCCAGUCCGUCCAUUUUCAGAAUGCCGCUGGAUAGUGGAUGGGGCCACUUACUUCGAGGCGGUUGCCGAUGUCCUGGACAAAGCAAAGGAAGAAAUAUACAUCGCUGAUUGGUGGCUGACUCCCGAAAUCUAUUUGAAAAGACCCACAAUUCAUGGACAUUAUUGGCAGCUGGACUACGUGCUCAAGAGGAAAGCUCGCGAGGGAGUACAGAUAUAUGUGCUGUUGUACAAAGAACUCGAAGUGGCCUUGGGAAUCAACAGCUACCAUACCAAAAAGAAACUUAAGAGGAUGCACAAAAAUAUCAAGGUCAUCCGCCAUCCCGAAGUUUCGAAAGGUGUCCUUCUCUGGGCGCAUCACGAGAAACUUGUGUGCGUGGACCAAACCUAUGCAUUUGUUGGAGGCCUCGAUCUGUGUUACGGUCGGUGGGAUGAUUACCAACACAGGCUGAGUGAUUUCGGGGAAUUAGAGAAAAAAUUGCGAGUGCUGCGCCAUACAUCCAUUCCUCGAAAGGACUCUGCUCCUCUUCAGGAGGCUCGCUCCACCAGCUCUUUACCAGAACUAAGCUCAGAGGCAGAGAUGACGAAAGUCGAACAAGCUCAACCUGAAAGUCCCGAAACUGGAUAUUUCAGAUCUGCUGUAAGAAAAUAUCAAGCGACACGAACUUUUAAAGACAUCAAGAAAAGACUCUCAAUGGAGGCGGUAAUGGACGAAUCUCAUCCUGGAGCUGAAAAACUGGUUUCAGCCUUACAACCUUCGGACAGACGCCGCACAAUACAGGAAAUGGCUCUGCUGGUCUUGGGAAUGGACAGAAAAUUUCAACUGUGGCACGGAAAGGAUUACGCCAAUUUCAUUUUUAAAGACCUAUACAAUUUGCACCAGCCCUACUCAGAUAAUAUUGACCGUAACAUCACUCCUCGAAUGCCUUGGCACGACGUGGGAUUAUUCGUACAAGGAAAAAUAGCGAGAGAUAUUGCUAGGCAUUUCAUUUUGCGAUGGAAUCAUGCAAAGGCUGAAGUGUGUCCUCGCGAUUCGUCCUAUCGUUACCUUAUGCCAAAAGCCUAUGCCAACUUCGGAGACAAUGUGCCUUCAAUCUUGGACGAUACGAUUGGAACCAUUUUCAGAGCUGAAUGUCAGGUUCUGCGAAGUUUAUCUCAUUGGUCCGGAGGUAUUUCGGAAACAGAGCGCUCGAUUCAGGAGGCUUAUAUUGGUAUCAUUCAAGGAUCCAAGCAUUUUAUCUACAUAGAAAAUCAAUUCUUUGUAACUCAGCCAAGUGGAGAACAUAACAUAUUCAAUGGAAUUGCUGAUGCUCUUUACAACAGGAUUAUCAAAGCACACAGGAACAAGGUACAGUUUCACGUGUACGUCGUUCUGCCGCUCUUACCUGCCUUCGAGGGUGAGUUGGGCACUGGGACUGGCACCUGCAUCCAGGCUGUCUCGUACUGGAUCUACAAGUCCAUCUGCAGAGGGCCCACUUCUCUCUAUGACAGGCUCUCCAGGCAUAUACAAGACCCAUCUCUGUACAUUUCCUUCUGCGGGUUACGAACUCAUGGAUUAUUAAAUUAUAAACUCGUCACUGAACUGGUGUAUGUGCACAGCAAAUUGCUCAUUGCAGAUGAUCAGGUGGCUAUCAUCGGUUCGGCGAAUAUCAAUGACCGCAGUCUGUUGGGCAGAAGAGAUUCGGAGAUCGCGGUGGUCAUCAGAGACACCCACUUCCUGGAAAAAGAGGAAGGGAGGCCACACGAAGCAGGCAAAUUUUGCUACUCCCUCAGGAAUGCGAUCUUCAGGGAGCACCUAGGAUUGAUGACGAGUUCCCAGUUUAAUGUUGAAUUACGUGAUCCCAGUUCUCAAAAGUUCUCAAAAGACAUCUGGACAAAAACUGCUAUCAGCAAUACUGAAAUAUAUGAAGAGGUCUUUCACUGUAUACCCACUGAUAGCGCCCAUACCUUUCGAGAGCUAAAAGUGCUCCAGUCCAUGCCUAGCUUCGCCUCUACGAAUCCCGAAGAAGCAAUGAAAAAACUGAAAGAGAUUCGUGGUUACUUGGUGCUAUUCCCAUUUUUCUUUUUAUGCGACGAAAAGUUAGCCCUGACGUUGUCCACCAAGGAACGCUAUUUGCCCGUCUCUGUAUGGACUUGACGCAGAGAUUAAAAAAGGUUUAUUAUAUUUAUUA